AGCGCCGGGCUCAGGAGGCGGAGGAGGAGGAGGAGGAAGAGAAGACGCGGCGGCCAGGCUGGGCUGAGAGGAACGGCUGCCUUUCCUCCCUUCCCUUUUAUUUUCCGCCCCCGGACACCUCCCUCACCCUUUUUAUUUAUUACUACCGUUGCUAUUAUUUAUUAAUGUGUCGUUAUUAGUAUCGCUAAUACCCGCCCCCUCCGUUUCCUUUAGCCCUUUUUUUUUGCCCUCCCCCUCAACGGGGGGUCGGUCGGGGGGCGCCGGGGAGGAGAAGGAGGAGGAGGCGAGGCGGAGAAGCGCCUUCCCGGCCUAGCAGAGAUGCUGCCCUCCCGGCUGGCGCCCGCCUGCCUCCUCCUGGCUGCGCUGCUCUGCGGACGGGUCCGCGCUGCCCGAGUUAACAAGCACAAACCGUGGAUUGAAACAACUUACCAUGGCAUAGUUACAGAAAACGACAACACAGUACUGUUGGACCCCCCAUUGAUAGCACUGGAUAAGGAUGCACCUCUCCGUUUUGCAGAGAGUUUUGAGGUGACAGUCACCAAAGAAGGUGAGAUUUGUGGGUUUAAAAUCCAUGGCCAAAAUGUCCCUUUUGAAGCGGUGGUGGUGGAUAAAUCCACCGGGGAGGGGAUGAUCCGAUCCAAAGAGAAACUGGACUGUGAGCUGCAGAAGGACUACACGUUCACCAUCCAGGCCUAUGAUUGUGGGAAGGGCCCAGACGGAGCAAAUAUGAAGAAAUCCCACAAAGCAACGGUGCAUAUCCAGGUGAACGAUGUCAAUGAGUAUGCCCCGGUGUUUAAAGAGAAGUCCUACAAAGCUGCCGUUAUUGAGGGCAAGAGGUAUGACAACAUCCUGAAAGUGGAAGCAGUGGAUGCUGACUGCUCUCCCCAGUUCAGCCAGAUCUGCAGCUAUGAAAUCGUCACACCAGAUGUUCCCUUUGCUAUUGACAAGGAUGGUUACAUUAAGAACACAGAGAAGCUGAACUACGGCAAGGAGCACCAGUAUAAGCUCACCGUGACGGCCUAUGACUGUGGGAAGAAGAGAGCUGCUGAGGACGUGCUGGUGAAGAUCACCAUUAAACCUACAUGCAAGCCAGGCUGGCAAGGCUGGAGCAAAAGAAUGGAGUACGAACCUGGAACUGGCUCCCUCGCUCUCUUUCCCAACAUCCAUCUGGAGACAUGUGAUGAGCCCAUCACCUCCGUGCAGGCCACAGUUGAGCUGGAGACCAACCAUAUCGGGAAGGGCUGUGACCGAGAUACUUACUCUGAGAAAUCCCUUCACAGGCUCUGUGGUGCUUCCUCUGGCACAGCUGAGCUCCUUCCUCCUCCGAGCAGCACGGCAAACUGGACAGUAGGCCUUCCGACUGACAACGGCCAUGACAGCGACCAGGUCUUCGAGUUCAAUGGCACCCAAGCCGUGAAGGUCCCAGACAACGUUGUUACCGUCAACAUGAAAGAGCCUUUUGUGAUUUCCGUGUGGAUGAGGCAUGGGCCUGGGGCCAGGGAGAAGGAGACCAUCAUCUGCAACUCAGACAAGACAGAUAUGAACCGGCACCACUAUUCCCUCUAUGUGCACAAUUGCCGUCUUGGGUUCCUCUUUCGUCAAGAUCCUUCGGAGGGGCAGAGUUACAAACCAGCAGAAUUCCACUGGAAGCUGAACCAGGUGUGCGACAAGGAAUGGCAUCACUAUGUCCUCAAUGUCGAAUUUCCAGCAGUGACCCUGUACGUGGAUGGAGUUUCCUUUGACCCUCUAUCAGUGACGGAAGACUACCCGCUCCAUCCCUCCAAAAUAGAAUCCCAGCUGGUGGUCGGAGCCUGCUGGCAAGAAUAUACAGGAAAUGAGAAUGACACAGAAAAAGCGACCGAGACCCCUGCAGGUGGAGAGCUCCGCAUGGCCCAGUUCUUCCGAGGCAACUUGGCCGGCUUAAUGAUCCGCUCUGGUAAACUGGAGAACAAGAAGGUGAUUGACUGCCUUUACACCUGCAAGGAAGGACUGGAUUUACAGACCUCAGAGGGCGUCGGCAAAGGCCUGAAGAUCCACAUGAACCCGAGCCAGUCAGUGUUGAGCUUGGAAGGAGACGACAUUGACCGGUUUGACAAGGCCAUGCAGCACAUCGCCUACCUAAACUCCCGCCAGUUCCCCACACCUGGGAUCCGGAGGAUCAAGAUCACAAGCACCGUGAAGUGUUCCAACGAUGAAGCCUGCAUCGCCAUCCCCUUUGUGGAUGGCUACAUCAUGGUCCUGCAGCCUGAAGAGCCCAAGAUCAGCCUGAGUGGCAUCAACCACUUUGCCCGCUCGGCUUCGGAGUUCGAGAGCCCUGAAGGGGUCUCCCUGUUCCCUGAGCUUCGCAUCAUCAGCACCAUCACGCGAGAGGUUGAGCCGGAGGGGGAGGGAGAUGAGGACCCCACAGUCCAAGAGUCACUGGUGUCUGAGGAGAUCAUGCACAACUUGGAUACCUGCGAGGUUACGGUGGUUGGUGAUGAGCUCAGCCAGGAGCAAGAGAGCCUGGAGGUCGACAUGGUCCGGCUGCAGCAGAAGGGGAUGGAGAUGAGCACUUCCAACCUGGGCAUGAUCAUUACCGGGGUUGAUACUAUGGCCAGCUAUGAGGAGGUUUUGCACUUGAUUCGCUACCGCAAUUGGCACGCAGUGUCUCUGUUUGACCGCAAGUUCAAGCUGGUAUGUUCGGAGCUGAAUGGGCGCUACGUCAGCAAUGAAUUUAAAGUGGAGGUAAACGUGAUCCACACCGCCAACCCCGUGGACCAUGCCAGCCACAUUGCAGCACAGCCUCAGUUUGUCCAGCCUGUCCACCAUUCCUUUGUCGACCUCUCUGGGCACAACCUGGCUAGCCCUCACCCAGGAUUUUCAGUGGUCCCAAGCACUGCCACUGUUGUGAUUGUGGUCUGCGUCAGCUUCCUAGUAUUCAUGAUCAUCCUAGGCGUGUUCCGGAUCAGAGCUGCCCACCAGCGGACAAUGCGGGACCAGGAUUCUGGGAAGGAGAACGAGAUGGACUGGGACGACUCAGCCUUGACCAUUACUGUCAACCCCAUGGAGACAUACGAGGACCAGCACAGCAGCGAGGAGGAGGAGGAAGAGGAGGAGGAGGAGAGUGAGGAUGGGGAGGAGGAGGAUGACAUCACCAGCGCUGAGUCCGAGAGCAGUGACGAAGAGGAGGGGGAGCGGGAAGAGGACCAGCAGAACGUGAACAGGCAGCAGCAGCUAGAAUGGGAUGACUCCACGCUCACCUAUUGAUCCCAGCUCCCUCCGCUGUUGUAUGUCUCUCUGUCUGUCUCUCUGUCUCUCUCCUUUGUUCUUCUGCCCUAGAAGACUCCGCGGCAAAACCACUCCAUCGCUCCUGAGAAUCCAUGGCGUGAACAGAGUCGCUUAGGCCCCCAGAGCUGACCAACAUCCCCCCCUCCCUAGACCCCUUGUCCUGGUGUCCUGUCUCUUCUUUCCUGGCUAAUCUCGCCAAUCAAAAUGUCGCACCUCUAGACAUUUAUUUAGUACCUAUUUCUCCCUCACCUCACAAUGACUGGAUUAUUUUUAUUUCUUCUCUGCAAGGAACUGCCUUGUGCUAUCUGUCUCUCUCGCUCACACACUCCUUGUGUCAUCUCAUUUAAGGGACGUGACCAGCCCUCUAGUCAUUGCACACGCUAGACCAUGAUUUUGAGGUUUUUUUAAUCUUAUUUUUGGUCCGGCACUAGGCUUCUGGCGUCGUUUCUCAUGCUUUCUUGUUGGGGUGGCUGAGUGUAAAAUAAUAAUAAUAAUAAUGCCAGGAUCCUUCUCUCACAAAAAGAUUAACUUUUUUUAAACUUUUGGGUCGGAUUUAUUAUUGUUUUUAUUUUGUGGCUUGUUACAUCCCUGUGAUUCUUCUUCUUCUUCUUUUUAAAUGCAUUUCUUUUCCUCCUCCUGAACUCUAGUGCAUGUGUAAAGUGGCAGAAUGAGGUUAACUAUGUUAGAAGAUUUAACGAGACUUUUUAAUAUUUUGUAAAUAAUCUUGGAAUUAUGUAAUUACGUCAUUUGUGGUAGUGAAAACGGGGAAAGGGGGGAGGGGGGACACAAGCCAUGCUAGGGUUUUAAAAUCAAAAAUCAUGCCGCAUGAUGUAAUAAUAAGGUUUUGGGUUUUCCUCCCCCCCCAAAAUUCCUGCAGCAGCAGCAUGGGGCAAGUUUAAUUAGCGUAGAGGAAAAGCUAACGAUGAUCCAAUGGCAUUGGAUUAGACUGCCAUCUUCUCUCUGGCACAACUCUACUGAUGGGUUUCUCCCCUUUUUAUUUUUUUAUAUUUUAUUGUUGUGGGAGGGGGGUGGCAAAAAAUGAUUUGACCAUGAAGGCAUCUUCAUGGACCCCCCCUUUUUUCUGGGUCCAACUGUCCUGCCUCUUGCAUUCUGGGUCCUGGUCUGUUUCAGUUUUAGGGACAGUAAGGUGGGCUGGCCAGAUCACACAAUUUCUUUUGCACAAAGGGAGACAGCCCAGUUGGACCACUUGGGCCUGGUGCUCUCUCUGGGUUGCACACUACUAGUCACGCAGGUGGCUCGGUUGAUUGUAAAAGGACAGUGUCGCAGGAAGGGUGCUUCUGUCUUGGCUGCCUGUCUUAAGUCGUGAACUUGAAUAUACAUUUUGGAGAGGAGGAGGUCAGGUCGACUUUCCUUGCUGGCAUCAUUCCUGUUUUUUU